AUGGCGCUAUUGAAUCCGGUCUACGCACUCGUCGUUCCAUUCCUGUUUGUCGUCACGGUUCCUCUAGCCAUCCUCGCAGGCAUCACUACGACGCUUGCUUUCGACGUUCUCAUCCUCCGCGUUGUCAUAGUCUAUCUGGAUGUCGCGCUCUCCCUCGUACCGCAAUCUCUGGCGAAUAUCAAGCUUCGUCAACGGUAUAUUACCCGCGAAGCACGCAUGCCGCCGGCUUUCAGAAAUGGGUACGGGAGUAGCAAUGGAGAUAGCUCAGCGGCAUCACCUACCCAGCAGCCGCCAAUAUCACAUCUCCGAAGACGUCACCGACCCAGCAGCAGCCUCAGCAUUCUGUCCACGGGUGGUUCUACAACGCCUGUCGGUGAGUUUGGUAUAGGGUUGAUGCCCAGCGUGGGGCCAGAUCGAGACUUUGAGGGCGUUGGUGGCUGGCGGUCCGGCGAUGACGAUGAGGUUUGGACGGCAAUAAACUCUCGAAUGGAAUUGCCAGAUCGGCAAUUCCCGCGACAUCACUACCGGUCUCCGUCGGGUGGUGGAGCCACAACACCAGGUGACGGCGGAGUAUUGAUGAUGAAGACGAGACGAAGGAGUUCAGAGUCAAAAGCCGGUGUGCGACCAGCCUCGUCGCCAAACAGUUCGAGAGCCAGGACUCCUUCGGCUUCACGGAUGCAAAGCAUGACAACUCUUGGCAGCGGCAACUCGGACAGUUACUUUCCGUUCAUCAUGUCACCAAAAGCCUCCAGGAAAAUGCAAUUGUAA